CCCCACCACCCCCCCCACUCCUGCCUCUCGGACAGCUUUGCUCCACCACUUUUCUGCACUGUGCCGGCCUGGAGAGGAGUAAGAGAGCAGAAACAGGAGAGAAAAGAGAGGAUUUGGUGAACCGAGGAGAGGCACCAUGGCUGCUCUCUCUGCCUUGCUGAAGACCUGGGUCAUUCUGCAGACCCUGAGCCUGGCUCUGGCCCAAGUGAGGGGUCCACCUGGACCUCAGGGCCAGGGCGGCCCACCAGGCCCCUCCGGCACCCCCGGGUCAGACGGCAUGGAUGGAGAAAAAGGACCUCCUGGGACCCUUGGUCCACUUGGACUGAAGGGAGAGCCAGGAGAGCCAGGCCUCGAUGGAGCGCCAGGAGAGAACGGCAUUGAUGGUCUGAUUGGAGCAAAGGGGGAUCGCGGUCCUUUUGGAAACCCUGGCCCGAAGGGUCAAUCUGGACCCACUGGGGAACCUGGUCUUCCUGGACCCGGCCUUCCAGGAUUGGCUGGCGCUCCAGGGCCAAUUGGUCUUCCAGGUGAAAUUGGAAUAAACGGACCAAAGGGUGGCAUGGGAUCAUCCGGAGCUUCUGGACUUCCUGGACCUCCUGGCAAGCCAGGGUCUCCAGGGAAGUUCAUCGGUGGAGAGGAGGGAAGUGCCGACUUCCAGUGCCCUCUUAACUGUCCGGCUGGAGUUAAAGGCCCCCAGGGACUGCAGGGAAUCAAGGGACACAAAGGACGUGCCGGAGUUCUCGGAGAGCCUGGCAGCAUUGGAAAAUCGGGUCCCAGGGGAGAAAUUGGCAUCUCUGGGGAGCAAGGCAUCCCAGGACCUCCGGGUCCGCUGGGUCUGAGAGGUUAUCCAGGAAUGAUGGGUCCUAAAGGGGAAGCAGGGCCCCGCGGCUACAAGGGCAUCAACGGACCUGUAGGAAUUCCCGGGCCUCCUGGUGAGGAAGGACCCAAGGGACCACCUGGAGAGGCAGGCGGCAAGGGAGACAAAGGCAGCCGAGGUAUCACAGGCCCACAGGGUGCGGUUGGCAAGAAGGGAGAGAAUGGUCUGCCGGGCAUUGACGGAAAGGAUGGCACACCUGGUAUCCCUGGAAUCAAGGGCGGCCCUGGCCUGGCUGGGAGGCCUGGUGCUCCCGGUCCUCAGGGGCAUGCGGGAUUACCCGGCGGCCCAGGGACAAAAGGAGGACCUGGAGGGAAGGGCGAGUCUGGACCUCGGGGCCACGUUGGAAUGCAAGGCACCUCAGGACCUCUGGGUGAGCCUGGUGUUCCUGGCGAGGCUGGUAUGGAAGGCGUUCCCGGACCCAAGGGCGACAGAGGCCAGCGGGGAGCAGUGGGUCCACAGGGAGUAGUCGGCAAGCCUGGAGGACAAGGAGAGAGAGGACCAAUGGGUGUUCCCGGUGCUCAGGGUCUCGGUGGAACCAAGGGAGACAAGGGUUUCCAAGGGAAAGGCGGGUCAAAGGGAGACGAUGGUGACCCCGGUGUUGAGGGAUUGGCUGGCGAGAAUGGUGAUAAGGGUAUGUCUGGUGAACCCGGGCCCAAAGGACAGCAAGGAAUCAGGGGUGAAACGGGACACAAUGGACCCACUGGAGACCCCGGUAAACCUGGAGACGUGGGCCCCUCAGGACUGCCCGGCCCCAGGGGACUGAACGGAGAGCGAGGAGUACCCGGCAUGUCCGGCAUUUCAGGGACAGCGGGCCGCGAUGCAUCAGACCAGCAUAUUAUCGAGGUGGUGCUGAAGAUGUUGCAAGAGAGGCUAGCUGCUGUGGCGGUGAGCGCCAAGAGGGCGGUGCUGGGUGGAGCUGGUGUGAUGGGACCCCCCGGCGCCCCUGGACCCCCUGGAUCACCUGGUAGUCAGGGGCAACAUGGCUUACCUGGAUCCCGCGGCAUUCCCGGCAUGUUCGGAGGGCCUGGACAGGUCGGAAACACCGGACUUAAAGGAAAGAGAGGACUUAAGGGAGAAAGAGGAGAUCCUGGUAAACCCCAUCCAGGAGCACCAGGACCCCCAGGAAUACCAGGUCCUUCUGGUGUUGAUGGUGUGGCUCGGGACGGUAGGCACGGUGAGCGAGGACCCCAGGGAUCAGCCGGAGAGGCGGGGUACCCCGGUAAGGCGGGUGCAGGGGGUCUCCCAGGGUUCUGCGAGGCGGCCAUGUGCCUCGCUGCGUCGGCGUACACCUCCCCCAGACUACAGGAGGCGGGCCGCAUCAAAGGACCCAACAUUUAGAGACCUGCUCUCCAUCAGCAGCUCAACACCUAGAGAGAGGGGGGAGGAAAAAGAGAGGGAGGGAGACCACUCCUCUCUGUAGGACAACACCGAGGACCAAGGGUAAGGGACAAUAAUGAAAAAGUGACUGGAUGUAUAGCGCCCCCUCCUGAAACUGAAGUUUUUGACUGGCGGGACAUACUCUCAUCUUAACCCCCCCACCCCCACAUCACCAUGACAACAGCAGCACCCACAUCCUUCUGCAGUCUCUAGUGGAUGAUGUCAGUCAAAUAUCCCAGCCCUGAAAGAGGAACAGAUUUGAAACCAGGCGUGGUGGAAGGUGCUUCUCUGUUUCACCGCGGUCACUUUAAAUGUUUUUACUCAUGCAAUAUUUUAUUUUUGAGACUUGUUUUGAAGUUUAGCUGCGCUGCCUCUUUUGCGACAUCACACAUGAUUUCUUAAAAGUGUAAAAAAGGACCAAUAAAUGAUUGAAAUCGACCCUCCGUACCGUACUGUAAAAUGUUUUCUCAUCUGUAAGCUUUAGCCAAAUCCUUAAAUCACUGUGUGUACCCCAUCCCCCCCCUCCGGCUUUCUUUUCCGGAGCCUCAUUUUUUUAAACUAACGACUAGCUUGAUCUCAUCCUCUUGUUGCCUGGCAACAGCAUAUCCUGAUGGGCACUCCCAUCUCCCACAAUGCAGUGCUGUAAAUCUUUGUAAAUGUGUGUUGAUUAUAAUGUAGGGGGAAAAGGAAUGGGUUACGAUGUGCACCAACAGAUAUCCUGUGUUAAUAAUUUCAGCGAGUAAUAAAAAGUUCCGACAGAUAUUUAACGACUUUUCCUCGAGACGAAUCAGCCGAAUGUGCUUCCUAUGCCACUGUCAGCCUGCACAGGGCGUCAGCUGUUUAAUGACUGAUUUAUUUUCAUCAACACAAGCUAUUUAUUGUUCUUCAUAUAAUCAUCUGUAAAGAGGUUGGCUGUUCAGGUCAACCCAAACCAAUAAAGAGGAACCUUUUAUAAAAUC